AAUAAAAUUAAUCAGUGAAUAAGGUAGUAGUGUCUUAUCAUACAUGAGAUAAUCUAGUGUUUCAUUAUGGGAUAAUACGUACUUUUAUGAUCCAUGUUAUACGGUAUUGAUUAUAAGAUGAAAUUUCAAUCUGAGCAUACACUCUUUCAUAUAGGCUUGUUCAAAAAGUCUGCAAUGACGGGCUCCUAUAAACGACAAGGAAAGACUAGUGAAGUUUAAAUCAUCGCUACAAUUAGCAUAAUCACUCCAACUUCACAGCCAGAUCUCCGGAAGUAGUAUAGGAUGUUGGGAACAAAGUUUCAGUUUAUCUGUCUACUGUUCACUAUCUUGGCGAUUUCAAGAGUCAACUGCAUGAACAUGAGAGAAGAAGACAACGAAAUCCUUGACGAUGAUGACAAAAAAAUCAGAUCCGGGGCAGAUGAUGAUCAGAACACCAGUACUACCACCACGAACUCUGAAGACCUCACUCCAGCUUCAGGUAGUAGUGCCAGUAGUACUGGUGGUACUGAGACACCUACCACACCCCCCAUCACGAGUGACUCCAGCAGUGACGAGUCUCCAACCGAAACUACGACCCCCCCGUCACCAAAACGUGAUACGUUCUUGCGAUUCAUUGAUGAUCUAUUCCAGGUGCCACUCAAGAUGCUGAAAAUGUUCAGCAAUAUUCUUUCAAGAACUCUGGAAACAUUUACAAGCAAACCAACACCUCACAGUGAUAACUGAGUUCAUUCUGCUGGGAUACUGUUAAUCAAUUGCAGUAUUCGAUGAGAAUGUGUCAGCUUCGCAUAAAACUUAGGUUGCAAUCAAGUUUAAAACUGGAACUCCAAGCUUAAGAGUAUAAUAACGGUCAUAAUUUAUUUUAGUGACUAGAAAAAUUAUGUUUCCUUGUAAGAAUUCACUUGUUAUUUGUUAACAAUUUUGUUGAAUGAUACAAUAUAUUAUCACACAGUACAAAACGAAUUCUAUGUAUAGUCGGCCUAUAGUAGUAUUUUACAGUUUUCAAGAUCAUAACAGCUACAGUAUUAUAAUGUCUAAUAUUUGCAUAUUAGAAGAAAACGCUAUAAAUUGAUGAUAAUUGCAUGAUUGAUUCAUUUGAAUUCAAAGGUACGGUAAUUCUCAAAUCAAUCAUCAAUAUUUUCAAGAUAUUCUACUAAACUCUACGGUAAUCAUUUGUUUCUAUUACAAUUUUCUAGUUCCUGUCAAUUUCAAAUUAUUGCUAACAAGCUGCUGUCUCCUUUAAAUACAGUUUGUCUUGUAAAAUACAACUAAUAUAAGAUAAGACAGGUGUCAAAGACGUUAAAAGUGAUUUUAAAUGUUUGCUAUUUUGCUUGUAAGUUCAGACUAACGACAUAAGCACCAGUAAUAAAAGAAAAUUCAUUUCAAUGUCAUUUUGUUAUGGAAAGUUAGACAAUAAACAAACAUAAUUUUGGGCGAAGUGAAUGUCGGUAUUUCGCAAGAAAAUGCAGUAUGUAUAUACCGUGAUAUUAUAAGUCAAUAGAAAAAUAGCAUCGAUGUUAUUAUGCUCUUAGCCAAUACUGAGAUCGAAAACUCUGUUAAGGAAAAUACUGUAAAAAACAAAUCUAUGAAACUGCUAUAAAGCCAGUUGUGUUGUAUGGGGCAGAAACAUUGGUUUUUAAAAGAAAGUUGAAGACCUACUGAGUAUCUGGGAACGAAAGAUGCUGAGAAAAAUAUACGAUCUAGUAUGUAUCUGUAAGUAUGUAAUGGAGAACAAGUCCAACAAGUGAGAAAUAAAAGAUGUACCGGUAAUGGGAGAUUUCAAAGUCGGAAAACAAAAGCCCGAAAAGAAGAACAUGAAAGAAUAUUCAUUUCUCAUCCAAGUAAUUUAAUUUUUUCGAUAGGUGAAUAAAUUAUCUCCAUAAAAAUAUCUAAUCAAACAUGAUUGUCUACUGAGUAGGCUCUUAAAUUAUUACAAAUAGGUAAUAUUCUAAAAUAGACUGAAUGAUGUUUGGAUGAAGGAAUAUUACAUUCUAUCGUUAUUAUUUUGUGAUUUUAUCUUAAAAUAAAGUGUGUGUACGUGUGACUGUAUUGUGAAUGUCUCUAUAAGCAAUAAAAAAUGUUGAUAAGA